AUAUCAAAUCUCAAGUUGUAAACAAGAAAUGAGAUGGAAGAGGAAAGGCGGGAUAAUGUGGAUUGUUGAAUACAAGGAGCAAUAUGAUUGUUGUGGAAAUGUCUGAAAAGUAGAAUAUCAUACUUCAAAAUGAGUUUGGGACAGUUAGCAUCAGCGGGUGACGAUAUAAAGUUAUGGGAUGAAGUAAACUUUUCGCUUUUAAAACAGUUCAAUCCCCAUGACCAAAACAUUGCAGACAUUUGCUGGAGUCACGAUAAUACAUUUCUAGCUAGUGUAGCUGUGAACAGUGAUAAAAUAGCAAUUUAUUCAUGCAAGACAUCAGCCUUUCCGAUUACAACACUUGAUUGCUUGCCUGGAAGAUUAUGUCUGGACCUGACUUCCACAUCAAGAUAUCUUGUUAUAGGAGGGUCUGACAGUGUCAUUAAUGCUUGGGACCUAAAAUCCAGGACUAUCAAAAAAUCUUACAAGGACCACAAAGGCCCAGUAAGCUGUGUGUUGUUUAAUGCCAAUGCUUCUCACAUAGCUUCAGGAUCAGAAUCAGGGGAGAUAAUCGUGUACAAUGUUGUCACUGGACAAGGAUGUAGACCAAUGACUGCUCCCAAAGUACAGGCUAUAAGACAACUGCAAUUUAAUGCAGUGAAGAAGUCUUUGUUAGGAUCAGUGUCGGAGGAUGGAGCUGUUAAUCUGUGGGACAUCAAUACGCGGCGACUUCUCCAUGCCUAUAGUACUGCUCACAUUGCUUCAGCGACAGGACUCAAGUUCUCUCCCCUGAAUGACAUUUUGCUGCUCUCCGUAGGACUGGACAAGAGAAUUAUUUGCUUUGAUAUUCAAAGCAAAAAACAGGUGAAGUGUAUGACUGUGGACUCUCCUUUGACAUCUAUUGACGUGAAAUCUGACGGUGUCACCGUGGCAGUUGGUUCCACCCGAGGGAAGGUGUUUGUCUACGAUCUGAGGAAGGCUGAUACUCCCUUCAGUGUGUUUAAUGCCCACAGGUCCUCUGUCCAGAGACUGAAGUUUGAGCACAAAUCUAAUAAUGAAUUUCAAAGCUUAAGCAAGCAAGAAUCCUAUGCAAUGAAAGCCAAACUGAUGCACAGUGAAGUUGAUGGGCUCUCACCAGGCAGACGACAGCUUCCAUCUGCACCCAGCGAUCCAGUGAAAGAAAACAUACUGAAAGAAGUAGAAUCCUGGCCCAUGUCCACAUUUUUAGAGUAUCUUGAAUUUGAUAGUUCUGGUGACGAGGUUGAACAGCCUACAUCUAGUCCUACCGUAACAGAGAGAAAGGAUCUGUACUCCUACAGGAAUGUCAGGUCACCAAAUCAGAGUGAUGGGAUUUUUUCUCCUAUGAGAGAACAUACUGAUUCGUAUGGAGCAUUGUCUCCUUUGGAGAAUGGGAGCAGGCAGUCCGCUGGAAUUGUGGGGAUCAGCAGCCUAACCCCCCUCAGAUCUGAUAUUAGUAACAACGAAAGUCAUAAUGGCAGUAUGGGACUAUCCCCAGUAUCAGGCCCAUACACUGAGUCACCAGAAAGCUACAUAAGGACCCAUCCUGUCACCUCAACAAAUCAACCAGUAGUUAACCGGUUACCAGAGACUUCAGAAUCUCAUACACCACUAGUUUCAAACAUUGAUUCAGAAACACAGAGACUCUCUGCUUUUACCAGGAGGAGUGAGAACAGAAAUCUCCCAAAUUCUAUCAGUCAAACAACCAGUGAUUUUAGUGCCAGUCCUGUGACUGGAACAUAUAGUGACUCCUUCAGCAGAACUAGAAAUAGCAGUAAUGCUGUAGAAAGGAACAAGUUUGAUGAAUCUCCGAGUGCCAGCUCGGGAGGUGUUGGUCUUCCUCCAUUUAAACUGACUACUUCCCCUGAGGGAGCACAGAGUGUAUCUUCAGUAGAUGUGGCAAUUCCCUCCCAAGCCUCAGGCUCACAAAUGAGUCAGAACUUCCCAACGCAAGUCAUACGCAAUCUUAUAAGUGAGGAGCUGGAAGAUUUCAAAGAUCAGAUUCACAAGGACAUUCUGCAAGUACAAGUGGAAAUGAUUAGACAAUUCGAGAUACAAAUGAUGGAGAUGACAAAUGUUUUCAAGCAGCAUUCAGUAAAUCAGGAGCUUCUCCAAGAAGUGGAACGAUUAAGGGAAGAAAAUAAACGCUUAAAGAAAAACUUCUGAACAAUGUUUCAUGCGUAAAAUGACCAGUAUCAUUUGGUGCUCAUUUCAAACACAGUUAACGAACUUGUAAAUAAAGAUUGUAUGAAAAUGAGUUUAUAUGUUGAGAAUUUAAAGUAAACACAUACAGUAGGGAACUAAAAAAUUAAAAUAAAAAAUGAAUUUGGUUCAUUCAUGAAAACUGUUGGUAUAGUUAUUUUUAACAUUGUGUUUUUUAAAUAAUAUUAAAGUACAGGUCAUCUUUAUCUACAUAAUCUGUAGAUCUUAUGUAUUAGGUUUGUUUAAUAAAGUAUAUUUUAUUCCACUAAU